AUGAUUGGAAAGGUGUGCCUUCUCGCUGUGUGCGUGUCAACAGCUUUCUGUCUGCUGGGUAUUGGCGAGCAGCAGUCGGUGGCGGUAAAAGGACUUGUCCAAUGCAACGGAAAGCCCUACAAUGGUGCCCUGAUCAAGCUGUACGACAAAGAUAAGCUCGGCAAAGAUGACCUGCUCGGCGAUUCGAAGAGUGACAGCUCUGGCUACUUCCAAGCUUCCGGACAUGCUCGCGAGAUCUUCAAAAUUGACCCGAAAUUCAACAUCUACCACGAUUGCAACGAUGGCGAGAAGCCUUGCCAACGCAAAUUCAACGUCAACAUUCCCAACCGCUACAUCAGCAAGGGAAAGAACCCGACUCAGACCUUCGACGCGGGUACCAUCGAGCUGGCCGGAAAAUACCCUGGAGAAUCUCGUGACUGCCUCCAC